AUGGAUUCUGACUUCAUUGAACGGAUCCAAAACAUUUCAUUAACAUCUGAAGAGGAGGAGCUUAUCACCAUACGAGCAGCCCGUAGGGACGAGAUUCUUGAGGAAUACUCCCUUAGCCUCAUCGGAAAAUUCAUGACCACUCGCCCAUUCAAUGCAAGAGCUGCAAAAAACCUCCUACGGUCUGUGUGGAAAAUGGGUAGCAACCUCAAAAUCGUAGACGUUGGGGAAGGACUGUUUCAGUUCAGGUUCUCAUUGGAAAGCCAACUACAAUGGGUGUGGGACAACGAUCCGUGGAGCUUCGAGAACAAUAUGUUGGUGUUGCAGAGAUGGGAGAUGGGUUUGACAGCCAGGUCAGUUCGGUUCACGUGUUUGCCGAUAUGGGUCCAGGUAUGGGGUCUGCCUUUCGACCUCAUCAACGAGGAAGCGGGGCUGGAUAUCAAUCGGGGUAUCGGGCGAGUGGUGGAAGUAGACUGUAAGGCACUUGCGUCGAACCAGGCCCGCUUUCUACGGAUUAGAGUGGAGAUACCGCUUGAGAAACCAAUACGGAGAGGCGGUCAGGUGGUAAGUCUAGAAGGCGACCGAGUCAAGGUUGCUUACAAGUACGAGAGGCUCAUUGGAAUGUGCUUUCAGUGUGGUAGAGUGGGUCACGAUGCAAACCGAUGCCCUCAUCUGUACGAAGGAACCACCGAGAGCAGGCCAUACGGAGAAUGGCUUCGCACUGGGAUUCGAACAAAACCAGGCAGUCCACGAAGUACCGAGGACAGCCCUCCACGGCACAGACCAGCGCUGGCGACUUUCACGCCACCAAGGGACCCACAGGUCACAAAAACUCCAAGGUUGAAUCUGAGUGACGUGAUCGACAACACCGAUUUUCGAGGCAUUGUAAACGCAGACACCUGCGAAGGCGAAAAAUCCGAAACUCAUGGGACUGACAAAGACGGUUUUUCUCCACAGAUCAAGCAAAAGUUGCCACCAGAACCUGACACCUUGAAACCAAAUCCCAUAGAAGCCGACCAUACACCGAAACAGACCUGCCAACCCCAUGACAGCCCACACCGACACUCUAUGGUUUCAGACAUUCCAACACAUGACCUUUUCACUGUACCUAUAUUAUAUAGUAUGGAUAAACAAGAAAGUAAAGAAGGUCACGUGACCCAAUUCGUGCCAAAAGUGAAACCACAUUCACGUGCAUGGGAGAAGGGGUCUGCUAGUAAUUUUCCACAAAAAGCAACUACGUGGAAAACAACUUCACAAACCCAAUGCAAUGAAAAGAAAGACAAACCCACCAACUCUUUCACUCGGGUUGGUACUAAGAGAGUUGAACGAGACCACAAGCACAAAGAAGUUUCUAACGCAGAGAAGGAGAAGAAUAAGCGGCAAAAGGUUUUGCCCGAUGAAACUAAACCAACUAUUCCAACGGCGGCGGCUGCCUUUCAGCCCCGCCGAACACCAUGA